AUGAUGGCAGAACACCAAAGAAUUCAUCCUGUUCAUGAUGUGGAGGCACCACACAGACCUUUGGUGCCUGGAAAUGGUGCUAAAUCUGAUAGGGUUUUUCCUAAACGCACCUUUCCUGUGAUGCAUUCCAAGCCACCAAAGAGAAGAAGAAGCUGUUGCUGCAGGUUUUUGUGUUGGACACUUUGUAUAUUGCUGAUCUUGAUCAUUGCUAUUGGCAUCACAGUAGGGAUCAUAUACCUUGUGUUUAGGCCAAAGCUCCCCAAGUACUCGGUGGACCAACUGAGGAUAACUCAGUUCAAUGUUUCUGACAACAACACCCUCUCAGCCACCUUCAAUGUGGCAAUCACUGCAACAAAUCCAAACAAGAAGAUUGGGAUAUACUAUGAGGGUGGAAGCCACAUAAAUGCUUUGUACAUGGACACACAAUUGUGUGAAGGGUCUUUGCCAAAGUUCUACCAGGGUCACAGGAACACCACGGUGCUUGAUCUGUCUCUAAUAGGUCAAGCACAGGAUGCAAGUGCCCUACUGAGUAGAAUUCAGGAGCAGCUGCAACAGACCAACAAUAUUCCCCUUGAUCUUAAGGUCAAUCAACCUGUGAGGGUUAAGCUUGGUAAGUUGAAGCUCUUCAAAGUCAAGUUCAGGGUUAGGUGCAAGCUUGUGGUGGAUAAUCUUGGUGCUAGUAAUGAUAUUAGUAUUUCAAGCAGUAUUUGUAAGUUCCGGCUUAGGCUAUGA